AACAUUCAGAACCGUGUGAUAACUUUCAGUAAAACGUGGAUUAGAUCAUUUUCAGUGAAACAUUCUGGGGAAAAACAUGAGUGGAUGUCCAUUUCUGGGAGGAAAGCACCAAUUGUUAAGCAGUAACGGCAGCGGGGCAGAAGAAGAGGAUGAGUCUCAGCAGGGCAUCAACAACGCCACUAAAGGAGGAAUCAUCUACGGAGAAUAUCUUCAGCUCGAUAAGGUGCUGAGUGCUCAAGUCUUGCAGAGUCAACUGAAAGAGAACAAAAUCCAUGAUGAGCAUCUCUUCAUCAUUACACACCAAGCUUACGAGCUGUGGUUUAAACAGAUAUUGUGGGAGCUUGAUUCUGUGCGGGAGCUUUUCAUUAAAAACCAUGUCCGAGAUGAGAGGAACAUGCUGAAAGUGGUGAGCAGGAUCCACAGGAUCAGCAUGAUCUUCAGACUGCUGGUGGAGCAGUUUGCUGUGCUGGAGACCAUGACCGCUCUGGACUUCUUCGAUUUCAGGGAAUAUCUGAGCCCAGCGUCAGGCUUCCAGAGUCUUCAGUUCCGCCUUCUGGAGAGUAAGAUCGGUGUGGCGGAUAAUUUGAGAGUUCCUUACAACCGACGGCAUUACAGAGAUAACUUCCACGGACAUGAGAGUGAAGUUCUUCUUAGAUCAGCGGAGGAACCCACACUGCUACAGCUGCUGGAGCAAUGGCUGGAGAGAACUCCUGGACUUGAACAGGAUGGAUUUAAUUUCUGGGGGAAACUUCAAGCCAACAUUGAAAAGGGUCUCAGUCUGAAGAAGCAAAAACUUGAAAAAAUGACAGAUUCUGAGGCCAAACAGGAGAUGCAGGAUGAUCUAAACAAACAGACAGAGAUUUUCUCUGCUCUGUUCGACCCCAAACGACAUGAACAUCUUUUGAGAAAAGGUGAACAGAGACUUUCCUACAAAGCUCUUCAAGGAGCUCUGAUGAUCAACUUCUACAGAGAAGAACCUCGUUUCCAGCUGCCGUUCCAGCUGCUGACGGCUCUGAUGGAGAUCGACACACUCAUGGCCAAGUGGAGAUAUAACCAUGUGUGUAUGGUGCACAGAAUGAUCGGUAGUAAAGCAGGAACAGGUGGAUCUUCUGGGUACCAUUACCUGCGCUCCACUGUCAGUGACCGUUACAAAGUGUUUGUGGAUUUGUUCAACCUGGCAACAUUCUUGGUACCUCAUGCCUGGGUGCCCAAACUGAACCCCAACGUCCAUACGUUCCCCUACAUGGCCGAAUGUUACGACAGCUCGUAUAAUUCAUGCAGCAGUGAGGACUCAGAUUAAUCGGAUCACUGCAAAAAAUCGUUUUUGCCUUGUUUUUCACUAAAAGUAUCUAAACAUCCUUCAAACAAGAUACACUUAUUAAUGUGCAAAAAUUCUUUAAGACUUGAAUUGAAGUUUUUUGAGGUAAGAAUAAUAAAUGUAUUCCACGAUAUGUUCUCUGAAACCACUUUCGGAGAAUUAUCGUACAUUUCUCUUAUUUUAAAAAUGUAUUUUUUUGUAUUGAUCAGAUGCUCUGCAAAUGUUGUGUUUGUUUGUCCUGGCUGAUGAAUUGAAGUACAGAGAUUAUAGGAAUAAUGCAAGUGCUAUUUAAUGAUCAGCCAAAGUUUGUGUAUUUUGUUCCAUUUAUGUUGUUAACUGAUUUACUGAAAUAUCAAAGAAAUUGCAACUGCAAUGAUGAAAAUGUAUGUAGAUGUAAAAACAGUUCAUCCUAUAGCUCUCUAUGCAGUUAAGUGCAUUCACUCCUAAAAUCUGAUCAAAAGUUCAGUUUCAGGCUGCAGAUGAUGUUUGGAUCACUCAACAUGUUUGACAGACAUGUGACAAUGAUAAUCACUACAUAGAUUCACAAUUUAUAAUGUAUCAUUUUAUUUGAACAUGAUUGACAGUGAUUGGAUGAUGCUGGACAUUACUUUGAAUCUGAAUUAAUUAUGAUAAUUUAUGAUGUCAUGUCAAAAACAUGAAUAAUCAACACUCCUGGAAACAUCAUAAACUAUUUGAUGAAAAAAAAUUAUAUAGCUUAGUGUUAUUUAAAAUUUCACAACGUAGUCUCACUGUCCACAUAUGAGGACAUACAUUUUUAGAAAAAAUAAAUAAUAUAUAUACAACAGUCA